AUGUGGAGAGGAAUCCUUUCUACAAUUCUACUUCAGAGUGUGCAAAGGAGCAUCUAUGCAACUUUGAGCAGCUUUGCCACGACUAUGGACUUGGAGACAACCCCAAGAAGAUACAACUUUUCCAACUAUCUAGCUGGACAAGCCAAAGAAUGGGCUAAGUUCAAUGCCCAACAUGCUUUCAAGACUUGGAAUGGAUACAAAGGAGCUUUCCUUACAGAUUUGCCAAAGGUCCUAUUUAUGUCCCACCACCACGCCCAAGCUAUUCACAACACCAUCCAUCAUCACCAGACAUAA